AUGGUUGUGGGAGAAGUUUCAGACAGGGUUCAGAAGAUGUCUGAUCAACAACUUCUUGGCGUUCUGGAGGACUUGAUCCAUGGCGGUGCCUCAAAAAGUGGGUCAGCAGGCAGUGGCGAAGCUCCUGAGGAGGCAUCGGCCCCAGGGCCAUUGCCAUCUGAAAAGGAUGCACAAUUGCGACCCAUGCCUGGCUCAGCGAUGGCGAUGAGCCCAACUACACCAGGAAGCGAAAAUGACACAGGCGAGAAUGAAGACGAGGCCAAGCGGCCUGGGGUGCAGAGAUUCCAGGCCCCUGGCACCAGCCAAUCGGAUAGCUACCUGCCUGGAAGGCAGCCAGUGAGCGAUCUUCAAGCUGAGCGAGCUGCGCCAGAUGCGUGGUGGGACGAGCCAUGGACAUCUGACCCUGAGGAAGCAGGGGGGGUGGGAGGUGCGAGGCCUCCGGCAGCCAGGCAAGAAUCGCAGUCUGAAAAGUUUGGGGUAGACAUGGAAGAGGCGCCCUCUUUUGGCACAGCGAUAGGUAGCAAGAGCGGCCCUGGAGUGAAUCCGCUCAGCCUGGAUGACACGGGCUUGCCACCUGAUGGACAGGCAACAGACCUGGCUGCUGAUCUGCAGAGGUGGGCAUCGCAGGCAGUGGCCGAUCGGCUGAACUCACUGCUGUCAUCCAACCAAGAUGAUGAAGAGCGAACUGGGCUUGAAGACUCUGCUGUUGGGCUGCUGUCUGAGCUGCUCCCUGAUGAUGUUGAUGCCAGGAGGGUGGCAGCUGCUAGCAAGGUCGCACUGGCUGGGGGUGCUGCAGUAGCAUUCCUUCUUUGGGCGCCUCAGAUGUUCAUGGCGAUGGUGAACUCUGCAAUGAACGCUGCCAGGAAGCUACCAAUUGUGGGAGGCCUGAUUUCACUCGGUGAUGAUGGAGGUCGACGGGAUGGAGUGGACCGCAGUACAAGCUCCAAUCCACGCUGUCAGGAUGGCCAGCCAUCGGCGGGCUCAGAGGCCGCUUACUCAUCGAGUCCUGCUGCAUCCCCCAGAAGUGAUGCCCCGGCAAUGUCAAGUCAGCAAUUCUGGCAGACUGGGGACUCAAAUGGCGGUGAUGCUGGCAGUGUGGCAGCUGAUGGAGUCUUGUGGCGAAGGGACGACGACGAGCAAGGCAGCAGCUACAGGGAAUACCAGGAAUUCGUACCAAGUUGGACAGUCGAGGGUGGCCAAGAGGGAGAUGCUCUGCUUGGUGCUUCCACGUCCAGUAGUGAAAUGACUAUCUCUGAUGUCGGCUCGGCAUCCAACCAGGGAGAUACCUCUAGUGAACAGCACGGGCAGAGUGGGAGGUCUCUCCCAGCCAACCUGACGGACAGAAGGCUUGAUGAGGAAGUGAUGAUGCCAGGUGUGGUGUCAGGUGAACCGGAAGGGCAUCACAGUGCUGCGGGGGGGAAAGUGCCCCCCAACAGUGGUGAGGCUGUGGAGGAACAGGUAGAGUCCGAUGGAGCUGUGCAGCUGCGGGACCGGGACCGUGACUUGGCAACAACUCCAGCAGCUGCUUCAGCUGGGAGUUCGGAUUCUGUGGAUGUUGGGAAUGAAUGUUCAAAAGCACGUGAAAGGCAUGCACAAUCUCUGGGGCCGUCCACAGCAGGUGAUGGGGAUGUGGCCAGUCAAGUAGGGUCGUCAACAGAUGCGACUGUUCAUUCCGACGGACCGGGCUCUGGCGAAGUUGGCAAAGAAUCCGAUCUUUGGAGCAAUGUCGAGGGCCAUGCAUCAGACCUCCCCGGCAAGCCUGGUACGUUGGUGACUUGGCUGUCCGAAAAUGUCCAACAACCCGAUCCCAGACCCUUGGCUUCACCGCCGCAAGAUGUCGAAAAAGGAGAAGAUUCAGAUGCGACGAGGUCGGGCCAGAGUGGGGAACGGGGCGACGAGCAGUUGGUGUAUGGGAACGUGGACAGGCCAGGAUCGCAAGGGCCAAAGAGGCUGCUUCAAGAGCUGUUGAAGGGCCGGAGAUGA